AUGACCAAGCUCAACCUUUUCUUUGCUGCGUUGGCGGCAUUCUCUGGCGUCAAUGCCCAGAGCGUGUCCGGAGCUGCCGAGGGCUUCGCCAAAGGUGCCACUGGCGGAGGCAGCGUAACAGCCGUGUAUCCUACCACCAACGCUGAGCUCGUUUCCUACCUAGGGGAUAGCUCACCCCGGGUCAUUGUGUUGACUAAGACGUUCGAUUUCAGGGGAACCGAAGGCACCACUUCGGGCACUGGAUGUGCUCCAUGGGGAACUGGCUCUUCUUGUCAGCUGGCAAUCAACAAAGACAAUUGGUGUACCAACUACCAACCAAAUGCUCCAACCGCUUCGGUGUCAUAUGAUAAUGCCGGUGUACUUGGUAUCACCGUCAAGUCUAACAAGAGUCUGAUCGGCUCGGGAUCGAGCGGUGUCAUCAAGGGUAAAGGGCUGCGUAUCGUCAGCGGCGCAAGUAAUAUCAUCAUCCAAAACGUUGCUAUCACUGAUCUGAACCCGAAAUACGUCUGGGGUGGUGAUGCCAUCACACUCAACAAUUGCGACAUGGUUUGGAUCGAUCACGUUACGACUGCACGCAUCGGUCGUCAGCAUCUGGUUCUUGGGACCAGUGCAUCCAACCGGGUGACAGUCUCGAACUCAUACUUUAACGGACAAUCGGACUAUUCGGCCACCUGCGACGGGUAUCACUACUGGGGCAUUUAUCUGACUGGCUCCAACGACAUGGUCACCUUGAAGGGUAACUACAUUUACCACAUGAGUGGCCGCAGUCCCAAGGUCGAAUCCAACACCCUUUUGCACGCGGUGAACAACUACUGGCACGACUUCUCCGGCCAUGCCUUCGAGAUUGGAUCCGGAGGCAAAGUUCUGGCCGAGGGCAACGUCUUCCAGAACAUUCCAACAGUGCUGCAAUCGAACAGCGGCCAGCUCUUCACCUCGCCGGACAGCAAUACCAACCAGGUUUGCUCCACGUACUUGGGUCAUGUGUGCCAGACGAACGGGUUCGGCAGUUCCGGGAGCUUUAGCAAGGCUGACACGGGGUUCUUGACCAAUUUCCAGGGGAAGAAUAUCGCCUCGGCGGCAGCCUAUACCUCCGCCCAGAGCAGUGUGCCGUCCAACGCAGGACAGGGCAAGUUGUAG